CUUAUGUACAUCCCUAUGAACUGUUCCAUCCUGAAUAACCAGGAAAUCUGGAUCCUAAAUCUUGUCUCCAGUCUCUGCGACCUUGACCACCGGGUUUCACAGGGUGACUGUCGCUGGAUAGCAAGACGUAAAGACGGACUUCCUGCAUUCCAAGACGCACUAUCAAACCAUUCUCUUUACACGGGUCCCAGAAUGAUUUUGGUUUUGUGCCACUGCUGGUAUGUAUUGCUGCAUUCCACUUGUUACUCUCGUUGUGAUCUUCUUGAUGACUCGUGUGGAAUAUAAGGUCGCUAUUUGCACCCUCCAUUAGAUCUUUUGCGGAUUAGGGCAUCUGUCGCGCGGUAAAAGGUUUGAUAUAUUGCUCUAUAUAGAGCCGUCAACAAAAACGUCAUCCAACGGCGCAACAUGGACACCAAAGAGUUAGAGCACACUAAGGCUGCCGAGGCGGCAAGUAGUCAGGACAGCAUCCCUGUCAUAGAGUCAACAGAGAGCGAUGCUCCGCCACCACCGCCGGUCGCCUUAACGGAAGGCGCGAUCGCAACUACGGAUGCGUACCGCAGCGAAAAGGAAAGACAGGUGGUGAGCGGCGAAUACAGGCACCCCUUCCGCUGGUCGCCCCUCUGGGAGCUGGAGGUCAUCAACCCCCUCAACCAGAAAUCGUUUACCCUACCGCCCUUGCGUGUGACGUCGUCUUACUUUAUUGCGUUUUGGAUGUCAACCCUCGGCUUCUUCGUUGCUUUCCUCUCGUGGUUUGCCUUCUCACCGCUCAUGCCCGAAACGGUCAAAUCAGACCUGAAGUUGACCUCGGCCCAGGUGGCCAACUCCAAUAUUGCAGCUUUAAGUGCCACCUUGCUCGUCCGUUUCGUUGCUGGCCCGCUUGUGGACCGCUUCGGACCGCUUCGGACCGCUUCGGACCGCUUCGGACCCCGAAAAGUGAUGGUUGCCCUCCUCUUGCUUGGUGCCAUCCCAUCCGGUCUGGCUGGUACAGCACACAAUGCUGACUCUCUUUACGCUGUGCGGGUUUUCAUUUCGAUUCUCGGUGGCACCUUUGCUCCUUGUCAAGCGUGGACGACAGCCUGGUUCGACAAAGCUGUCGUCGGCUCUGCGAACGCACUUGCUGGAGGCUGGGGGAACAUGGGAGGCGGCGUGACCUUUGCGACUCAGACGGGACUCUUCGAGCGCCUCCUUCAUGAUGGUCUUUCGCAACACGUCGGGUGGCGCAUCUGCUUCGUCAUUGUCCCGGUUCCGAUAUUGCUGUUCACAGCUGGGCUCAUGCUCCUCAUCGCCCGUGGCCAUCCCAUGGGUCGCUGGGCCAACCGUCAUGAGACGCCAGCCACCGCGGGUGCCGUGCUGAUGGGCGAGGACAUUAACAUCGAUGCGGACGAGAGGCGGGCGACGGAGAAGCGUGGCCCCGCAAAAAGCCACAGCGAAAAGGCCGUCAGGGCUAUGAUCGAGCCAAAUAAUCCAAGCUCAUUGAAACCCAACGAUGUUGCUGUCAAUGAACCGCUCACCAAGAGCAUCUUGAUAUCCGUUGUGACCGACCCGCGAACCUGGAUGCUUAGUCUGUCUUACGCUUCGACUUUCGGCUUUGAGCUGGCACUGGAUGCAAGCCUUGCAAACAGCUUUAAGACAUUCCAGCAGCUCGACGCCAGAUACCUCGCCUCUAUCUAUGGUCUGCUGAACAUCUGCAUGCGCUUCCUGGGCGGCCUCGGCGCCAACAUUCUCUACGCACGAUUCGGCAUCACCGCCAAGAACUUAGGUGUGCUGAUCGACUAUGGCUCCAUCACCGUCGGCAAGUUCAUGGGCUUCGUCUUCAUGCUUUCGUUUUCGGGCUUUUCAGCAAACGGAGCGAAGUACGCGCUGGUGCCGCACAUUUCUUCGCGUUCCAAUGGUCUCAUGGCCGGUAUCGUCGGUGGAAUGGGCAACCUAGGCGGCAUCCUCUACUCGCUCAUCUUCCGAUUCCAGCCGGCGCCGUACGGCAAGCCGUACUGGAUCUCUGGCAUCUUCUGCACCGGUCUGAACCUCUUCCUGCUCACCAUCCCGCUCGGCGAUGCUGCAUAG